AUGGGGGACGGGCCCCGAAUAAGCCCCACGGCUUCCAAUACGACGUAUCACAGCUUCAACGAUAUCGAGCUGCAGGAACCGCCUUCGCCGCCCCGGACACGGGAUUCCACCCGCAGAUACGACUGCGACGCAAACUCUCCACUGGACCCCGAGAAGACGGACCACAAUCUCACAGCCGUCAAGAUGCAGCGCAAGGACUCUGGGUACGGCUCCAACACGGCCAGCCCGAGGACUUCAUCUUCUCGCUCACGGCCACCGACGUCGCCCACCAGGCGCACCUCUAACCCAGGCCCGCAACCACAGUCACCAUCCAGCCCGCCUCUGCGUUCACGAGCCCGGCCAUCGACCCGCCGGGCCGCCAAGUCGUAUCCGCAACCCAGCGCUCAGCCACUGUUCCAAGCGCGCGUCCCUGCCGCCGGCACGUCGAGGCCACAGCAGCAGCAGAUUGCCUUCUUUCACUUCCCGACGCCCGAUCUUGUUGAGCUCACGGAGGCCGGAGCCACAUCGUCUUCGGCGUCCUCCACGCACCGCCAUAAUCACCACCUUCGUCAUCAGGAGCAUAGCCAUCUGCAUCACAUUGAGCACGAAGAGGACCGUGCGACUUCGUCUGGGCCGCCACAAACAACGCACUACUGGACCAGCGACAGCACGCGCCGGCUCGAGUACGCGGCUAUCGACGCCGCGAGCCGUGGCUUCACCGGUUGGGUGCGCAGGCACCUCGUGCCGGACUGCUUCAACCCGCGACAGCACGUGGCCUUUGACGACGAUACGGGCAGCGUGCGUCGGUACCGGCUCGAGCUCGAGGACGAGGACGAGGAAAACGAUCAUUGCGGUGGCGGCAGUGGUGCGGAGAAGACGCAUCAUGGCAUGAACGGGCACCGGCGGCGCAAAGGCUGGACUCUCUGGCCGCUACGCAAACGCAACACCAUCUGA